AUGAUGAACUCUACAACACCAUCAAUUGAAGAUCAAUAUUUUUUGGCCAGCAAGGUCCGCUCUAAGUUGGCAAAAUGCGUUAGUGUCACUACUAGAAAUAAAGAUUACAACCUGAGAGUUUUAGUUGGACAUGCAAAUUUGCUGGAUAAAAUUACUGAAAACGUGGAAGCUCAUAAUGCUACGGUCAACGCCCUUGCCGGAGACCCUUUCAUUAAAGGCCCUGAGAACUUGUCCAUCGAACAUAUUGAACUGUCCAAUGCCAAUGCUACCAAAAGUAGCGUCAGUAACAAAGAAGAUGCAGAAAAGACAGCAGAACGCGAAGAUUACUGUGAUUUUUACUCCAGUGACGAAGAUCCAGAUGCAGAUACUCUAUCUUCUACUGAUAGUGAAGACGAUGAAGAUUAUGAAGACUAUGACUUUGAAUAUGAUUAUUCUGGCGGUAAUUAUAACAAAAAAAUCGAUAUGUAUUUUAGUUUUCACACCGCCCCUAAUUAUCAAUAUUUGACUCACACAAACUCUCAUUCUGAACAGACGAAUGAAAUUACCGAAUCGACGCCGCGCUACAAUGCUCUUCCCGCUACUGCUUCGACGACGGAGGAAGAACAAGAUUAUAACGACACUGAAACGCUUGGUCCUGUAAGUUUGCAUAGUUCAGUUCCAAUCUUCCGUGUGCUUUCACGGCGAGUAAAUGGACAAGAGGAUGACAGUAGUGCUAGCGAAACCGAGAGUACUAGCGAUGUCGAGGAUGGUUCCGUACCAUUAACGAGAUUUCAUUCUUGCCCUAUCACAGCAUAA